AUGUCUUCCCAGGCCAGCGUGAGUGACUUGCAGCGCUUGGUAGAGCAGCUCAAGCUGGAGGCCAACAUGGGGAAGACCAAGGUCUCUCAGGCAGCGACAGAGCUUCAACAGUGCUGCAUGCGGAAUGCCUGCAAGGAUGCCCUGCUGGUCAGUGUUCCAGCCAGAAGCAACCCCUUCCAAGAGCCCAGAUCCUGUGCUUUAUUCUGA